GCAUAACCUUAACGGAUGGUUCGUAUGAAGUGAUUAAAUCGCCAACAGGAAGUAAAAUGGAAGAUUCCACCAAUCUUUAUCUAGGGAAAUCAAAGAAGGGGGUGUACUGCACUUUGAUUUAUAAUGAUACCUGGGGGGGACUUCAGAUUUGGUUGCUUACUGAAUCAUGUGGUAAGUGGGAGUGGGUGCUAAAGAAUGGCAUCAACUUCGCGGCAGCGGUGGCAAAAUUUUCUUGGUUUUCUCGUGAUGAAAACCAAGGACCGUGGAUCCUACAGAAAGGUGAUUGUGAUGAAAAUGUUAAGGAAGCACCAGUGCAAGAUAACUAUGAAUGGGACUUCGACAAUGGUAUUAUCCUUGCGGCUGAAGAUAAGGUUGAAUCUGACGAUAUGAAUUUAGGAGUGCUUUAUUUCCUUGGAUUUCAUCCAUACAAAGAGAUUGUCUUCCUACGAACACAAGCGAGAGUAGUUGCUUAUGAUUUCAGUAGAUUGAAAGUACAAGACUUGGGCCAGUUACGUGUACAGUGUGUAGGAAGUGUUUUCCCCUACACACCAUGUUGGACGGGAGAUAUAUCUGAAAAGAAUUAACUGUGCAGAGAGUCAAUAUAUACGGGGUGUUUCUUUUGAAGGAAAUGUUUUUUUUAAGGAAUACCGGGGUGUAGGGUGUGUUUUAAAUGAGUUGUUACAUGUAUAUGUUCAUGAAUGCUUAAAGAAGAUAAUUGUAACAGUCUACUCCGAUCUUGAUUCCAUUUCUUUCGUGCGUGUUUUUUUAUGGAAUGUGCAUUAGAAUAUAUUGAAUGGUUUUACCAAGCAUAUGCGAACAAUCGGCCGCGGAUAUGCUAGCUUGUACUUGUUGCUCCCAAACAAAUAAUGAAUUAUGAAAGGACC